UCAACUCGACCAAUUGGCAGAAGGAAUCUAAAAACCACUAGGAAGUCUUCAUAAAAAAGUUGAAUAACUUCCUGGAUGAAGCAGACAAGGAAGUUUUAAUCAUUUCGGUUUACUGUCAGUGGAUAUGACUGACGAAAAUUUGAAGCAACUUCUCUAUGAGGUUGAGAAGUUUCUAAAUGAAACCCUUAAGAAGGAGAAGUUGGGCAAGAAGUCCCAGGAGCACAAGCAGAUCAUCCUUGACAAGCUGACCAAGUUGUAUGAGGAGAACCCUAACUGGGUGCCAACACAGAACUCAGAUGGCUCAGGGAAGGAUGAUGACUCCACAAUGACAGGAGGCAGUAACAAGUCAGACGAAGGGGACACUAACUCCUACAGUGGAUAUAUUGAAGGGAAGCGGGAAACUGAAACCAACCUGGGUAUUGGCCUGAUUGCAGCGGGGGACAUCAAGGAACCCCUAGUUGCUGGUUUCCUAGACAAAAAACAGAAGAAAGGGACUGGUCUUUUUGGCCCGAAGUUACAAACACGGUACUGCGUGAUAAGCGGCGGUGUGUUCUAUUACUACGAGAAACAGACAGACAAGAAACAGUGUGGGGCCUUCAAGCUGGAUGGCUACAAAUUCCGGAACAAUCCAGAAAUUUCCACCAAAAAGAAUCUAAAGGAACUGUGUUUUGAAGUGUAUCACUCUGAUGAAAACAAACGACUGUACCAGUUCAUUACCAAGACUAAGCCUGAGUACGAACAGUGGGAAAUGUUCAUCAGCAGUCAAGGUCAACCAUUGAUAGAGGAGGACUUGUAUGAAGAAGUGGGCAAUGAAUUGAAGGAAAAGGUGCUGAGUGACAAGCCACUACCCAGUGGCCCAGAAGAAGACUAUGUUGAUGAUGUCUCAGUCAUCACUCCACCUGGCCCCAGUGAGCCCAGUGAAGACUACGAGGAGCCAGAGGCGCCCAGUCGCCCCCCACCCCCUCCCAUCUCAACCCUCAAGCAAGCCCCUCCCAUCUCUACCCCCAAGCAUCUCCCACCACUUCCACCGCCCCCAGAGCCUGAACUCAUCCAAGAGGACAUUUAUGAUGACACGGUCAGCCCCCAGACGGUCAGCCCCCAGCCUGCGCCGCCACCUGUCCCUCCUCCAAUUAUUAGGAAAGCACCACCCCAGCGUGUGCUGCCAGAGUGCCCCCCACAGAAGGUGAAGAUCAAUGUCAAAGUCACGUGCAACCCCAAGGAGGAUUUUGAGAAUCUCUACUACGGGAAAUGGGACUGCAAUGCAGAUAACAAAAAUGAGCUGAGUUUUAAGCGUGGAGAUAUGGUUUAUGUCAUUAGUCGGCAGUUCGAUGAAAAGGCCUGGUGGAUCUGCGAAUGCCAUGGCAAGUAUGGACUGGUGCCAAAAUCCUUCCUUUUACCUGCCUAUACUUCUGUUGAUUAACAGGUUUGGAAGCAAUUAACAGACCAACACUUUUUGUAUACCGAUAGUAUAUUGACCAAUUUUUUCAAAGACCUUUUUGAAAAAAUAAGAAAUAAUUAUAAAAUAAGGGAUAGCCAGAUGUUUAGUGUAAAGUUUUUAAUAUGAUAUAUAUUUUAAACAGAAAUGUUUUAAGAUUUUAUCCCAAGCACUUUUGCAUUAAAGUAUUCACAGUUUAUUUUAGCCCCCUUAACAAAGUAAAGGUGGGCAAACUGGGAUCGCCAUGUAUGUCUAUCUACUUAAUGUAGGAACACCUUGGUCCAGGGGCAUUAUCCUACACUUUUUAACACUCAACACUCAAACUAGCAGGGAUGAUUACUUAUGAUGUAAACAUGUGCAUGUGAUAUUUUUGUCACAUGGUUGAAAUUACCAAAGUUAUGCCCCUUUUUCAACUUAAGACAUUGUUACAUAUGGCAUCGUGGGGAAGGGGGUUUUGGCAGUAUUCUUCAUAAUUAUUGUGACUUACAUGUAUUCGUGUGAAUUCAGGAAGAUGGGAGUUUGAAUAACAUUAUAUGCUGUUUUACUUAAAUAUUUCCUCAACAAGAACUGAUGAACAUGUGAUAAGGUCCUUAUAGAAUCUCAUUUUGCAAAUCAUUUGUAUUGUAUUAAAAAAGCCUUUUAUGUAUGGCCCAUUAUGCCCUUAAGGGGGGCACAUACUAGUAGUAAUCUGAUCGUAGGUCCUUCAUCCGCCCCUUUGUCCCACUUCUUGUUCAGGCGUAUUAAAAGGAUUUUAAAAAAACUUCAUUUAAUUAUGGAGGGCAACAAUGGAAAAUGCGGAGCACAAGAACCAUAACUCUUUGGCAGUAACAGAGUAUUUUCCUUUUAUUUGUGCAAAGCCCAACUCCCUUAAGAUUAAAGGUAUUUAAAUAAAACUUUUUAUACAUUGAUAGAGGAUGUUAAGAGGAACAAUUCUACGACCAGUAUUUUUGGAGUUAUUACUCUUAGCUUAAUUUGUGUAUUGUCCUUAUUUGCAUAGAGCAUAAUGUAUAAAGAAAUAAAGGGAUUCAAAUGGAACUUAAAAUUAUGAUAAGGGCAUUGAGGGGAAGUGCAGAUUUAAAAACCGUACAUAUAUCUUCAGUAUUACAGAAUUAUUGUGUUUGGUCAUUUUUCUUUAGCGCAAAAUAACUAUCUUUGUAUCGAAGAGAUUUAAAUGAAACUUGAUAAAUUCAUAGAGGAAAUUGAGACAUCAUGUACUGAUUGAAGUCUUCUGGAAGAGGUACAGAGCAUAAUAGUAAUAAUAAAACCACAUUUAUGAAGCGCCCUUUUCAUACAGUAUUGUGCGUUCAAAGGCGCUUUACAAUAAAGAACAAUAAUUAUAGUCAAUAUUUAAAACAAAUAUGCAAAUAUAUGUGAUCCACUUAGAUUCCUGCUUAUCUCAAAACCAAAAUAAGCAAAAUACGAACAAUGAAUUCUAAGAAGUAAAUAAAACUGACAUUGACUAUCCUAUAUACAAUAAGGGUUUCUUUGUACAAAAGUGGUAAAAUGGUUUGAUGUUAAAAAUAAUAUGUGUAACACAACAAUGUUUAUACAUUUAUUUAUGGAGUAUUCACCUUUUGUUUUACUUUUUGUGCUUUUUAAAAUUAUUUUUGUAAGUAUUAAAUUGAUUAUAAUGAAAAUUCAUAUAUUAUAGAGUACAUUGAGAGUUUUGCUCCGAUGGAUAAAUCAAAUGUGAAGAUCAAGGUCACACUUUUGGAUCAAAAUUAUACUUUGGGGUAUACAGUACUUACAGUGACCACUUGUUAUCUGUUAUAUUUCCAGAUUUUAUAUUUUUGCCUAUUAAUGUAUUUUAUUUUUGUUACCUUUAUAACAUUUGCCUUUGUUAAUCUAGCUAUGCAUUUAAAAACACUUAUCAGGUAUUUCCUGAUUUUGACGAGCUUCAUUUAUUAUUUUAUUAUCAAAUGGUACAAUGUAUAAAAUAUUGAACUAGUACCAUAUGAAACCACAAACUGUGUAAUAAUUUAUAAAUGUACGUGUAUGUUCAGGAGUAACCCAAUGGAUAAUGCACAGAUAUAAACAUUAUAUCAAUCAUAAGUUCAUGCAUUUUUAAAGCAAACUAAAUUUUACCAAACAAGUUAGUAGAUGAAAAACAUGUUAACCUCCUACAUGUACUUCAUAAAGAACAGUAAAAACAGAAUUCCUGUUAAGAUAGCAUUUUUUUGUACCAAAUGUUUUUGGUUUUCUCGUUUAAUUAAAACUCCUUAUUAUUAUAUGGUUAUUAAUUGUGUACCUUUUUUGCUGUUCGAGCAUAAUGAUAUUGUGAUAAACUGAAGAAACAACAUAACAAUAAUUUAAAAUAUGUGUAUAGUAGCAAAAAUAAUGUUUUAGUAGUAUGUUAAUUUUGCAAAUAAUCCUAUCAGGCUGCUGUGAUGUUCAUAGGAUUAGCUGCAAAUUCGUAAAAUGAAAUACAAAUAGGUGGUUUUCUGUUCCCAGAGUGUCAAGUUUGCUCUGCACCAUACUUGUUCUAUUCAUACCAUACUAUUUUUACCGGAGAGUAUUUUUCUAUUCUUUUGGUUAAGCCUACAAAUUUACAACAUGUACUUUUUUUAUUAAACAGUUCAAAAUGUCAGCAUUAAAUUGUUUAGUAAUGUUUUAAACACAAAUGUUAUUUUUGCUCUAAUUGCUCUGAACCACAUGUUGCAUAUAUUUUUUCAUUUUUUUUUCUCAUUGGCUACUGCUUCUGAUUAUGUAAGAGUCAAAAGAAUUGGCAGCAUGGAAAAAUUGAAAUAAUGUGAAUUUUACAAAAAUGACAAAGUUACAAUAUUACUGCUCCAUUCAAACUACACUGUUACUUUAUUGGGCUGAAAAUCCUGUCUAAGAUUGUUUUCCAUAGGCUUCCAGUUAUUUUAGUUUACAGAUGGGCAGAACUUGCUAAUCGGCCCUUAGUUUUUCAUUCAUGAGUGGCAGUAGAAACUACAUAUUUUCACAUCAGUUUUUGCCUGUAAAAAAAGAACAUUUUUUAUUGGUUAAAUAAAAUAUGUUUAUGUCCCCCCAGUCUAUACUGGGGGACAUAUUGUUUUUGCCCAGUCUGUUUGCCUGUUGAUUUGUUUGUUGGUUUGUUUGCGUCAAACUUUAACAUUUGCCAUAACUUUUGCAAUAUUGAAGAUAGCAACUGCAUAUUUGGCAUGCAUGUGUAUCUCAUGGAGCUGCACAUUUUGAGUGGUGAAAGGUCAAGGUCAUCCUUCAAGGUCAAAGGUCAAAUAUAUGGGGGGACAAAGUGUUUCACAAACACAUCUUGUUGAAUUUUUUUUUAAAUUCUACAAUUAUAAAUAAAAAUCAUUUUAUUGUUAAAAAAAUGAAAAUGCAACUGGCAAUUUAACGUAAAUCAGCUGCUAUAAUAUGCUAAAUAUUGAAUCUAAAGAUGGCCAUAGACAAAUUUCAUUUUCUUUACCCUUUAGGCGACCAAUCAGAGCCUUGAUUUCUUGGUCCAGAAUUUUAGGAAAACCUUUUGAAAUGUGUCUUAAUUGUGGUGACCUAUGUUUUCAUAACUGAGCUGUGGGAUCCAACAGCCAGAGUGCAGAAAUAUCCUUUCACGUAUCCUUUCAGUUCAUGAAAAACAGUAUCUUUAUGUUGCCAAAACUUUGCUCAUAAUGUUAUUAUAAUUUUUGUCUUAACCCUAGUUAUAUCAAUUUAUUACAUAAUAUUUUAUUUUUCCUGUGUUUUAAUAUCGAAGCCUGUAUUGUUUUAUUGCUUAAGUUUCUUACAGCAUUUUUAUUUAUAUCACACAUUUUUAGAUUAUAAAUCCUUUAAUUAAUGCUGCAUAAAAGUAUCAAUCACUCUUAUUUUUAUCAAUUGUAUGUAUAUUUAUAUGUUUUGUACAACGCCAUUUAAUAUAAUUAUAUAAAUAGGCGUUUCAUCAAAUUAGCAAGUUUCAAGUUUCAAGUUUUCAUAACAGGUUCCUUGAAUAUAUAAAAUGUGUAUGUCAUGCCAGAAAAGUCAAUAUGCAUUAAUUAGUGUCAACAUAUUAUAUGUGAUUUCUGAUAUUUGUAGCCUGCAGGUUCCCUGUUUAUGCAUGUAAUGCCAAUACUGUAGGUUAUUAAAUGGUGCUCUGAUCUAUGCCUGUUAUGUUUAGUGCAAUACUUCUAAUAAAAAUAUUUAAUUUAA